AUGGAAGCUGAUGUGGAAGAAAUUGUCAAUCUGUUCAAGAGUCUUAAUACCAACCUCUCCCGACAUUCAGCAUAUCAUCGCAUACUAGACGAGUUAAGACCGCAUGAAUGGCGUGACGCCCAAAAGCGCAUAAACUCAAGGUACUUCCAGAAGGAUAUUCUCAGUGAAUUGCCUCUAGAGAUCGCCGUGCAGAUUGUCCAAGGUCUAAGUCUGAAAGAUAUCUUCCUUCUCCGAAGAGUCUCUAAAAGAUGGUAUGAUGUAUUAUCCUGUGAUUUAUCCUGUCGUACCAUGUACCGUCAGUAUACCGGACAAAAUCUUGCCGAAAGAGAAUUCCAAGCUCAGUUUGCGCAAUACUCGAAGCAGGCAUUUUGUCUGGAUCGAGGACUUCCACUUUGCAAAGUUCAGCUUACCCUGCCAUUUACGACGCCAACAGAUAUAGCUUCGUUAGACUACUCACAUGGAAGACUUGCCUGGAUGACCGAUAAAACUACUAUUAUCGUGUACACCUUGCAGUCACAGAAAUUCCAGCGUUUCUGCAAUGAGAACCGUGAACAGUUCUGCGAAAUUCGCCUCUCUGAACUGGCCGUGGCCACAUAUAGCUUACGUGGUUACUGCUACGUCUGGGAUCUAGAGACAGGGAUUAUGCAUACAAUUCGAUUGCCUCAUAGAGACGUAAGCUUUUUCGCUGCUCAAGGCUCCCAGGUUGUCUUGAGUGUUCGCAGACCAAAUAGAACGAACAUCGAGUACCACGACGUAAUGCAUCAUGACCUAAAGUCAGGGGUAACCCAUACAAUCAGUCUCUCUACAGCGCUGUCAUUUGUGGGUCUAACCACUGACACUCUAACUACAAUUUCUCUCCUACAUGAGGAAUACAGCCCUGAACCUAACCACCCUCACCUCGGUGUCGUGAGAUACAAACUUACGCAAGGAGAUGCAACUCCAUUCCACGCCUAUACGGUACCACUACCAUACGAUAGAAAUUUCCAGUGGCCACAGAUGUGGGUGGAACGCACCAUUCAGAGAAACAGCAAAAACCGACUUGGAGUUCUCAACGCCCCAACCCCAAUAUUGGCUCCAGAUAAUCACCAAAGCAUCUUACCCUUCACCUACGACCCGAACACAGAUACUUUAUGCAUGCACGCGCUGUCUGAACCGUACCCCCGGUGGCCAGAUUGCCUCGCAAAUGUCGACAGACACCUACUAUACUACGUAAGCAACAGAGGCGGUAAGCUAAGCGUCUGGAUUUCAGAUCCUUACGCAGAGCCUAUGCGUCGUUGUGCUAGGGAAAUGGAUCUGGAAUUGCCAAGAGACCCAACAAAUAGUUUGUCUGCGUUGAAUUUCCGCAGUAUUCUCGGCGACCGCAAGAUGACAGUUGUGGUUGAUGACACAUCGGUGAAAAUGUGGCUUUUCGAUGAAACCCAGUGGCCUCCAGAUGACUGGUUCGUUCCCUUCCACGCUCGGACGCUUCGAUCAGCUUAA